CUGCAUAACGCUGAACAUUUACUGCUUGACAUGAUCCGGUACCGUGCUCGGCGAUAACCUGUCAAAAUGGUGGCACCUGUAAUGAUAAUCCUAACUCAGGCAGUUUUGUAUGCACUUGUACACCGGACUUUACUGGAACUACCUGUUCAGAUCCGGUACCGUGCUCGGCGACAACCUGUCAAAAUGGUGGCACCUGUAAUGAUAAUCCUAACUCAGGCAGUUUUGUAUGCACUUGUACACCGGACUUUACUGGAACUACCUGUUCAGAUCCUGUCCCGUGUACAUCAUCAAUUUGUCAAAAUGGCGGUACGUGUGCUAAUUCUCCGACAACUGGCAGUUUUGUGUGCAGUUGUACACAGGUUUUUACAGGAAUUACUUGCACAGAUGAGGAUAAUGAAGAUGUCGAAGACGCGGUGGUUGACAAACGAGAAAGUCAUGUCUGGUUUAGAUGGGGCCCUCAGCAGGGAAUUCAGCAAAGGCAUCCAGCUCAAGGAAGGUGAGUGUGUUGUCACCCUUCAAGAGGAGAGACACAAAUAUGCCUUAUUAGGAAGUGGAGUGAGCAUUAGAGAUCUCCACUGCAGGGUUCUUGAUGUAGAAAAAUCUGUCACCAAUGUUACUAUAGACAAAUAG